GCUGGUUCGCGAACGGCGUGGGAGCCCGACACGCUAAUCAGGAUGAUCACUGACGUGCAGCUCACCAUCUUCGCCAACAUGAUGGGUGUGUCACUCUUCCUGCUUGUCGUUCUCUACCACUACAUGACCUUCAACAACCCCAAGAAGCAGGAGUGACAGUGACGCUGCCCCAGGGCUCCAGAACAUUGUCUGAGGCAAGAUGGAGGGCAUGAGGGUCCCUCACACUUCACUUCAUCCCUCCUACCCAUCACCACAUACAAAAAGCAACUACACCUGAAUUUUUCCAAACAACAUUUAUUUCCUCAGAGUCUUCCUUAACCCUAUGGAAUGAGAAGCUGCCACGUAGUAGGGCCCAGU